AUGCUUUUAGAACAGUGCGACAGGAAUUACUUCAGACCAAAUGUCUGCGCUCUUCAACAGAUUUUGGGCACCAAAAAGAAAUACUUCAGCACUUGUAGAAACUGGUAUCAAGGUGCCAUCUGUGGAAAGAAAACGACUGUGUUAUAUGAAUGUUGCCCUGGUUAUAUGAGAAUGGAAGGAAUGAAAGGCUGCCCAGCAGUUUUGCCUAUUGACCAUGUUUAUGGUACUUUGGGCAUCGUGGGAGCCACCACAACACAGAGCUAUUCUGAUGUCUCAAAACUGAGGGAAGAGAUCGAAGGAAAGGGAUCAUUCACUUAUUUCGCACCGAGUAAUGAUGCUUGGGACAAUUUGGAUUCUGAUAUCCGUAGAGGUUUGGAGAGCAAUGUAAAUGUUGAAUUAUUGAAUGCUUUACACAGCCACAUGGUUAAUAAGAGAAUGUUGACCAAGGACUUAAAAAAUGGAAUGAUUAUUCCUUCAAUGUAUAACAAUUUGGGACUUUUCAUUAACCAUUACCCUAAUGGGGUCGUCACUGUUAAUUGUGCUCGAAUCAUUCAUGGGAACCAGAUUGCAACAAAUGGUGUUGUGCAUGUCAUUGACCGUGUCCUUACACAAAUUGGCACCUCAAUUCAAGACUUCAUUGAAGCAGAAGAUGAACUAUCAUCUUUCAGAGCAGCUGCCAUCACAUCGGACAUAUUGGAAGCCCUUGGACGAGAUGGUCACUUCACACUCUUUGCUCCUACCAAUGAGGCUUUUGAGAAACUCCCACGAGGUGUUCUAGAACGGAUCAUGGGAGACAAAGUGGCUUCUGAAGCUCUCAUGAAAUAUCACAUCUUAAAUACUCUCCAGUGUUCUGAGGCUAUCAUGGGGGGAGCAGUCUUUGAGACCCUGGAAGGAAACACAAUUGAGAUAGGAUGUGAUGGUGACAGCAUAACAGUAAAUGGAAUCAAAAUGGUGAACAAAAAAGAUAUUGUGACAAAUAAUGGUGUGAUCCAUUUGAUUGAUCAGGUCCUAAUUCCUGAUUCUGCCAAACAAGUUAUUGAGCUGGCUGGAAAUCAGCAAACCACUUUCACAGAUCUUGUGGCCCAAUUAGGCUUGGCAUCUGCUCUGAGGCCCGAUGGAGAAUACACUCUUCUGGCACCUGUGAAUAAUGCAUUUUCUGAUGAUACUCUGAGUAUGGAUCAGCGCCUUCUUAAAUUAAUUCUUCAGAAUCACAUAUUGAAAGUAAAAGUUGGCCUUAAUGAACUUUACAAUGGACAAAAACUUGAGACUAUUGGAGGCAAACAGCUCAGAGUCUUCGUGUAUCGUACAGCUGUCUGCAUUGAAAAUUCAUGCAUGGUUAGAGGAAGCAAGCAAGGAAGAAAUGGUGCUAUUCAUAUAUUCCGAGAGAUAAUCAAACCAGCAGAGAAAUCCCUCCAUGAAAAACUAAAACAAGAUAAGCGCUUUAGCAUCUUCCUCAGCCUCCUUGAAGCUGCAGACUUGAAAGAGCUCCUGACACAACCUGGAGACUGGACCUUGUUUGUGCCAACUAAUGAUGCCUUUAAGGGGAUGACUAGUGACGAAAAGGAAAUUCUGAUUAGGGAUAAAAACGCUCUUCAGAACAUCAUUCUUUAUCACUUAACACCAGGAGUUUUCAUUGGAAAGGGAUUUGAACCUGGUGUUACUAACAUUUUAAAGACCACACAGGGAAGCAAAAUCUAUCUGAAAGGAGUAAAUGACACACUUCUGGUGAAUGAAUUGAAAUCAAAAGAAUCUGACAUCAUGACAACAAAUGGUGUCAUUCAUGUUGUAGAUAAACUCCUCUAUCCAGCAGACACACCUGUCGGAAAUGAUCAGCUGCUGGAAAUACUUAAUAAACUCGUCAAAUACAUUCAAAUUAAGUUUGUUCGUGGUAGCACCUUCAAAGAAAUCCCCUUGACUGUCUAUAGACCCACAAUAAUAAAAGUCAAAAUUGAAGGUGAACCUGAAUUCAGGCUGAUUAAAGAAGGUGAAACUGUAACUGAAGUGCUCCAUGGAGAGCCAAUUAUUAAAAAGUACACCAAAAUCAUUGAUGGUGUACCUGUGGAAAUAACAGAAAAAGAGACAUGGGAAGAACGGAUCAUUACAGGUCCUGAAAUAAAAUACACUAGAAUUUCUGCUGGAGAUGGAGAAACGGAAGAAACUCUGAAGAAAUUGUUGCAAGAAGAAGUCACCAAGGUUACCAAAUUCAUUGAAGGUGGUGAUGGUCAUUUGUUUGAAGAUGAAGAUAUUAAAAGGCUGCUUCAGGGAGACACACCUGUGAGGAAGAUACAAACCCACAGAAGAGUCCAAGGUUCCAGAAGACGAACAAGAGAAGGUCGUUCUCAGUGAAAGUCCAAAAACCAGACUGCAAAGUUGGAACAACCCUGAGUCAAUAACCUGACCUAAAAAGAAAACGACAAGAGCCACGUUGACAUUGGAAACUGAAAUAUUAGCAGAAGAAAGCAAUCAUCAAACAAUUCUGAAGGCAAAUUUAAUAUUCGUUUUUCCUGAAUGAGAAAUCCGAGGGAAAGGUGGGCCUAGCUUCCUGUGGGAUAGGAACUGAAGGGAAUUUAUCACCUUGACAUUAAAAGUUCUGGCUAACUUUAGACUCCAUCAAAGAAAAUCCUUGCAUCAGAUUUAUUACAAUACAAAUUUAAGAGUGGUGAACUGUUGUGUAACUCCUUGAAAAGAUUAGGGCUUGAAUAUAUGUGAUGGAUAAAUAAAAUGCAUGUAAGCAGUUAUCUCUCCAUAGGAAGCUAGUUAUAAAAAUAGGUGCUCAGUAUAAAACAAAUAAAACCCUUUACAUCACAAGGCUUUGCACAUUUCCAUGUGGGUUUGCUGGUAAAUUAUGUUACUUUUACAACUAAUUUUUGUACCCUUGAAAUGUUUGUCAUAUACUUCUGGCAGCACACAUUUUUAUAAAUCUCAAACAUUUCAUUCAAUAAAACCAUUUUUCAGGUAUAUAGAGAAUUACUUCACAGUGAGUAAUUCAGAAAACUCAAGGUUUAAGUUACAAAGUGGUUUGGACUUGGGAAAAAGACUUUAUACCUCUUGUAACAAGUACUCAUUAAAGGAAAUUGA